AUGGCAUCAAGCCAGACACCCCAGGCGAGACGUGUGCUCAUCACUCUCUCUGCCCAACAUUAUCGUCCCGAAUUCCAGUUCCCCGAACGUAGAAUCACGCUGGAGUCAAACAACUCUGGCUCGGACAACUCAAAGAUCAAUAUUGGCAGAACAAGCAAGCGAGUUCCGGAUCUUGAAGCAAAAAGGACCAACUGCUUUUUUGACAGCCCGGUCAUGAGCCGUGAUCAUGCCGAACUCUCGGUAGACUGGUAUCAUAAGAAAGUUUAUAUCAAGGAUACUGCUUCCCUCCAUGGCACCUACCUAAACUCUCAGAGGCUUUCUCAGGACGAACCCCACGAGCUGAGCCAAGGUGAUACCAUUAAGUUUGGAGUCGACAUCCAGCGGUCCAGCGAACUGUUCCCGCCUUGCACGGUCUUGGUCGGCUUCGAGUUCGACCCCUUGCAGAUUCAUCCUACCAAAUCUAACGUUCAGCCUUCAUUCGCUGUUCCUGAUGAUUUCGACAGUAGUGAAGACGACUCUGAUAAUGAGAGUGAUGUUCGCGAAACGGUCGAAAGACUUCGCAAGAUCGACCGACAACAGCAACGCUCAGGUCGCUCCUUGGGCGGGCCUAUUACAGACCCUAUUGAUCUUACUGAUGACUCUUCUACCCAUGAGCCUAUAGCCGAGGGACCAGCAACGGUAACCAUCGUGCUUGAUGAUGAAGUCUCAAGUGACCUUUCAAAGGACGGCACGACUAUGAAAGGCAUUGAAGCUACUAGCACAACCUCGCAACCCCAGCAGAACAUCUCUACGGAUGUUGACGCUCCAUUAGAUGAGAUCAAGGAUGUUCCACUCCCCACCGCAGAAGUUGUAGAUACUCUGCUGUCUCUAGACUCUGACUCCGAGUCUGACAACUCCGACGAGGAUAGCAACUCGGUCGAUUACCCUGAUGACGAUAGGUCGGGCCGUUCUUACGAUUCCAACGAAGAAGAUAUCAGUCUCAGUGACGCAAUGACCGACUCCGACAGUGAAGGUCGUAGUGAAGAGGAACAAGAGAUUGAUGCAGAGACUGAUGACGAGUCUGAGAAUGAGGAAUUAGAUGAAGAAAUCGAAGCGGCGGCAGAAUAUCUCGUCGACUGCCAGAUGGAUGACGGUGUCAGCCUCAACGAGGAUGAGCCGCAUAUUGAUGAGGCUUCAUGGAACAUUCCGGUUAACGCUCAGCAGCAAUCCUCACCAAACAUGUCUGCAUCUAUGACCACUCCUCAGUUCUAUAAUAGCCGGGUCAGCCCCAAGCUUCUGCCUACCCUGCCUGCGUUCCAACACGCCACGAGCCUUUCGUACACUUCUACGGUUCAGCCUCUGCCUCGCACUCCCUGGGACCAGCCAUCAUUGGCACAGAAAAUGCAGGCCGAGAAUCUAAAUACGGACGAAUUCAAACUGCCUCCGCUUCUAAACCAAAGCAACCCUGAAAUUGAACGCCUCUCCGAUGUGAACAUGGGGGUUCAACAAGCACCCUUAGCCCAGCCUUCAGAGUUGCAUCAUUCUAAUCACCCCUGGCAAAGAGUAUAUGUGGUUCCUCAGUCUGUGGACGUCGCGGCGGAGAGCAACCCUUGGUGCUUGCCUCAGAAUGAUGGACCCUCAGCCCAGGAUCUCGGUCAAAUGACUGGAAAGCCUGAGUUUUUCGCGGCGCGCGAAUACAAUAAAGCGGCCAUGCGACGGCAAGAAGAGUGUCAACAGCCAUCACCAGAAGCCGCCCAUUCUACCUCUGCCGCACUUCACGUACAAUCCGACGGCUACAAGGCACAACACCCCCGUAAAAUUUCUAUGGAGGCUUCGAAGUCAACUAAAGUGCCUGAAUCUGCUUGGGAGACUGCUGGGCAGAAGUUUCUCAACACACCCCAACAAGAGUUCUCGCUGUCAAGUGUUCGGUAUAGCAGCCCAGAGCUUGAUAUGACGAGCGCGUUCCAAUUCAACCAGAGCAAACUGGCAGUCUCUUCUUCGCACACUCCAAACAUUGAGAACACUGACAAAAUCGAACGGACGCCAUGUCAUAAAUCUCCCAAGCGCAAAGCCGACGAGAUUUCUACGCUUCUCCCAGAGGAACAGCUUGUUGAGGCAGUUCCGUCCAAACAACGUAAUGAAGACAUGGAGAAGGUCGCUAACAAACAAGAUGCCAGUGGCGUUGAGGACGCACUGAGUGCCGCUAACGCCCGCCCUACUCUCUCCAACACUGAGCAGCCUCCCGCGAAGCGCUUCCGCUUUCUUCCAAGUUGGCAAGGUGUUGGGGCUUUCAGCGUUGGUGGCAUCAUGACGACUUCUGUAGUUGUCGGGAUGUUGGCGAUGACAGCACCUGCUCUUUAG